ACUGUAAACUGAACGUUUACACACGUUCGAAUGUCUGUGCCAUUACAAAGCGUCACUAGAAGUUAUUUGGGGAAUUUAAAAAUAAGUCGGUUUAUUGUAUACGGACACAGUGUAAACAGUAAACAGCUUGCAUAAUGUUUCAUUCGCAACUAAUGAUCCUUUUUGCGAUAAUACUCACCUGUUUGGCGGAUGAGUCUAAAUUAAAGGUAAAACCCUCAUCAAAACCCGUGAGGUUGUUCACUGAUGAAGAAUUGAGAAGAUACGAUGGAAGUGAGGACGGGCAGCCCAUUUACAUGGCCGUGAAAGGUGUCGUGUUUGACGUAACAUCUGGCAAACAAUUUUAUGGCAAGGGUGCCCCCUACAACGCCCUUGUGGGCAAGGACUCAACCCGAGCUGUGGCCAAAAUGUCCCUUAAUCCUGAAGAUCUGACCCAUGAUACAACAAGCCUUACUAAGGAGGAGCUGGAUUCCCUUGAGAGCGUAUUCACUGGAACAUACAAAUCAAAGUACCCCAUAGUGGGUUACACACACAGACGCAUUCUCAAUGAAGAUGGCAGUCCAAAUGAAGAUUUCAAACCAGAGGAUCAACCUCAUUUCACCAUCAGAAAUGAGCUUUGAUACCUAGAUAAACAGAUCAUUUACAUUGAUUCAAUAGUAAUUGUUAGAUCUUGCAUUGAUUAAUACUAGCCGUCUUCACAUGGAAUAAGAUUACUAACUGAGAAAUGCCUCUGUAACAAGAAUAAUUUUCUACUGAUUUAUCUGGUGUUUGUUUUAGUCUUAUCUCUGUAUGUCUUGUGAUUAUUGUAUUUAUUCAUUCAUCUUCUACCACUUAUCCGAACUACCUCGGGUCACGGGGAGCCUGUGCCUAUCUCAGGAGCCAUCGGGCAUCAAGGCAGGAUACACCCUGGAUGGAGUGCCAACCCAUCGCAGGGCGCACACACACACUCUCAUUCACUCAUGCAAUCACACACUAGGGACAAUUUUCCAGAGAUGCCAAUCAACCUACCAUGCAUGUCUUUGGACCGGGGGAGGAAACCGGAGUACCCGGAGGAAACCCCCGAGGCACGGGGAGAACAUGCAAACUCCACACACAGAAGGUGGAGGCGGGUAUCGAACCCCGACCCUGGAGGUGUGAGGCGAACGUGCUAACCACUAAGCCACCAUGCCCCCUAUUGUAUUUAUAAGUUGUUGAAAUAUUUUAACAUUUUCUGUUCUGACUGUGCUGAUCACAGGAUACAAAAUUAGUAUAAUACAUUUACCGUUGUCAUUAGUUCGCAGCUACAUAAAAUUGGUUCAGGCAUUUGUAUUAGUUUUGAAUAUAUAUUUUUCUUUUAUGGAACAUGUAUUUACUACAUUAGUUUAUAUUUUAUAUUACAGGAGGUAGGUAAUCAGAUUUGUUGGUGCAUUAUGGUACAUAAAUUGUUUUCAUUGGGGAAAAAAUGUUCACUGGGAAAAAGUUUGGGGAAAAAAUAGCUUGCUAAUUUAUUUCCUAACAUUUGAACUUCUUUUACUCUAUUGCUGGAUGUUUUGUGUUGUUCCCCAAUUAGAUUAAUUUAGUGUUAUUUUUCUAUCACUGGUAUACAGUAUGCAAAGGGGGUGGUUUAACCUUGUGCGCUUUGGCUUUGGUGGUCUGUCUGCCCACACUCGAGUAAAUGAAUGAUGCAUAUACCCUGUAGGUUUUUCCCUGGUGGGCUACUUUGAAGGUCACUGAAAAUGGUUCACCCACCUGUAUGAUUAAAAAAACAUGGUACGUUAUUUUAAUGUUUACUUAUUUUGUAAUUAUUUAUUACAUAAUUCAUUCUCUUGUCCUUUUGCUUUCACAUUAACUAGUAGUAAUGUCUAACUUGGAAAGUUUGGUGACUCACUGCUAAUGUUGGUGUUGAACGUUACUGAAGUCUAUGUGAAUUGUUUGUGUGUGAAUUGUUUCGUAUAAAUCAUACUACACUUUA